GGGAGAAGCAGGCUUCCCGCGGAGCCGGGAGCCCCAAGUGGGGCUCGAUCCCAGGACCCUGGGAUCAUGACCUGAGCCGAAGGCAGUCGCUUAACCAACUGAGCCACCCAAGCACCCCAUACGCAGAUUUUAAAAAUACUCCUGAGCCGCAGUAAAGCUGUUUGCUUAGGGCUAGAGCCGCGAACCCGCGACUCGCGGCCGACGGGACUUGGCAUAAGAGGGAGGAGACAUUUACCCUUUAUCCCCGCCCCUUGGCGGUUCCAGACACUUUACCAAGAUGGCGGUAACCGGAAGUAGGUCACUGGAGGGGGCGGGAGAUCUGCGCGCGCAGGCCCCAAACCGGCUUUCGGGGCGCCGGCGAUCCGAGGCUUCCUUUGCCAAGAUGGCGCCGGGAGGCAGUGACGGCGGCGGCACGCACUGCUCGAAAAGCGAGGCCGAUUCCGGCUUCCUGGGACUGCGGCCCACUUCGGUGGACCCGGCGCUGAGGCGGCGGCGGCGAGGCCCAAGAAAUAAGAAACGGGGCUGGCGGCGGCUCGCAGAGGAGCCGCUGGGGCUGGAAGUUGACCAGUUCCUGGAGGACGUGCGGCUGCAGGAGCGCACGAGCGGUGGCUUGGUAUCAGAGGCCCCAGAUGAGAAACUCUUCUUCGUGGAUACCGGCUCCAAGAAAAAAGAACUAAACAAGAAGAGGACCAAAAGCCAGAAAAGGUCACUUCUUCUCAAGAAACCCCUUCGUGUUGACCUCAUCCUAGAGAACACAUCCAAGGUCCCUGCCCCCAAAGACGUCCUCGCCCACCAGGUCCCCAAUGCCAGGAAACUCAAACGGAAGGAGCAGCUAUGGGAGAAGCUGGCCAAGCAGGGCGAGCUGCCCCGGGAGGUGCGCAGGGCACAGGCCCGGCUCCUCAACCCUCCCGCGACCAAAGCCAAGCCUGGGCCCCAAGACACCGUUAAGCAGCCUUUUUAUGAUCUCUGGGCCAAAGACAACCCUCUGGAGCGACCCCUGGCUGGCCAGGACACCUUUUUCCUGGAGCAGACCAAGAAGAAAGGGGUGAAGCGGCCACCACAUCUGCACACCAAGCCCUCCCAGGUCCCUGCCGUGGAGGUGACACCGGCCGGAGCCUCCUACAACCCAUCCUUUGAGGACCACCAGACCCUGCUGCUGGCAGCCCACGAGGUCGAGCUGCAGCGGCAGAAGGACGCGGAGAAGCUGGAGCGGCAGCUGGCCCUGCCCCCCUCAGAGCAGCCUGCCACCCAGGAGUCUGCCUUCCAGGAGCUGUGCCAGGGGCUGCUGGAGGAGUCGGACGGGGAGGGGGAGCCGGGCGAGGGCCCGGACAAGGGCCCCGAGGCUGGAGGGGAGCAGGCCGCAGGCGGGGAGGCGUCCCCUGCACCCGUACGCCUGGCCGCCGCCGUGGAGAAGAAGACAGAGCAGCAGCGGCGGCGGGAGAAGGCCGCCCAGAAGAUGCGGGUGCAGCAGGCCGAGGUGCGGGCCGCGCGGCUCCGGCACCAGGAGCUCUUCAGGCUACGCGGGAUCAAGGCCCAGGUGGCGCGGCGGCUGGCGGAGCUGGCGCGGCGGCGGGAGCAGCGGCGGGCACGGCGGCUGGCGGAGGCGGACAGGCCCCGGAGGCUGGGGCGGCUCAAGUACCAGGCCCCCGACAUCGACGUGCAGCUCAGCUCGGAGCUAUCUGACUCACUCAGGACCCUAAAGCCUGAAGGCAACAUUCUCCGCGACCGUUUCCAGAGCUUCCAGAAGAGAAACAUGAUCGAACCUCGGGAGAGAGCCAAGUUCAAGCGCAAGUACAAAGUGAAGCUGGUGGAGAAGCGGGCGUUCCGCGAGAUCCAGGUGCUUCUCUUACUUUCUUACGGCCGCAUACACCGAAUUGCAGUGAGUGAGUGUGCCACGCCGUGACCGGCUUCCGUGGCUCCGUCUCAUGACGUGGCGGGAACAUCGUACGUGGGCCAUUCCACAAGGAUCUGUAGGACAAGGACCUGGAGGUGAAUCUCUGGGCUGUACGAGAAAAUAUAUGUAAAGGGCCAUUUGAUAGGUUCGGUCAAAUCCUCCUCCGGGUAGGAUGUGCUGGGUUUUGCCCUCUGGCGACACCGGAGCCCGCUUGUGGGCUCCUAGCUUUCCUACCGUGUGAUCUCGGUUCUCGUUGUGCUCUCUGGUCGUCAGUGAGGCUGAGCGUACGCGUGCGGCGCGUCCCUGGCGCGUCUGAGCUACUCCAAACCUCGCCCUUGUCCUCCUGGACCGUCCUUUUGUUGGCGUGGAGCGGCUCUUGAUCGGCUGACGGCUCCUGAAGUCUGUGCUGCACGUUCCAAACGUCUCUCCCGGGCUGUUGCCUUCUUACUUUGUGUCCGGUGUUCUCUGGCAGACGGAAGAAGACCGUGUUGGUCGUGUUCUGUUAGCCUGGCCUUCUUUCUUAUCGUGGCCUUUGCAAAGGUUGCUCCAGGACACGGUGUUUAUAAAAAUAGAGCAAGCAGUUUAUAAAAGAAGUGGAUGGAGGGAGAGACUGAUGUCAGGGCCCCUCCACCCCACUUCCUCCCACAUCCCAUAAAAUAUCAGGGCUUUAAGGAACUGUUCCUGCUCUUGCCCCCCCCCCC